UCUCAUUGCCUCGGCGAACUGCAUGGUGCAGCUGGAACCCAGUCGCAACUUUGUAGCAAACUUUUAACUUCAAACGCCUGCAGAACGAGCGGAUUACGGUGUUCCGGUGCAGAUAUGAUGAAGCCGGAGUAGAUAGAUGGGUUUCGGUGAGGACGGCGGUGUGUGUGUGUGUUUAGGAGCGGAGGGGCAAACGCUGCUUAGUAUUUCGCUCAUGCAGGGCAGCUGUUGUUGGAGAGGGAGUGGGAAGGUUUGUUAAUGAUCCGGCAUGACCGUUUCACAAGACCACCAUGCAGGCCUGAGAAGUAUUGCACUGAUGCCCAUUGUCUGUGGAAACAAAAGGACAAUUCUCAGUGGAGUGGAGCUAGCUUCCACAACCCCAUCCUCAAAAAUGCUCCAGACUUAAAAUGCUGAGUAGGUGAGGCUUCACCAUGACAAGCCUGAAACGCUCACCAUCUGAGCGACCUGCUAUGGGGACAGCCCAGGCCCCGGAAGAAUUUUAUAAUCGUCCGAUGCGUCAGACCAAUGGAGGAGUAGCCCUUUUGCGUCCAGAUAGCGCUUACCAGACCGGGGGGAUGAUGGGAGUACCGAAGAUGGGAGUCAGAGCUCGGGUAGCUGACUGGCCACCUAGGAGAGAUGGAGGAACUUUGCGAGUCCCGGGUACAAAUGCUGAUACAGUAACUCAAACGGGAGCUAGCUCAGGUAGUCAGCCCAAACUUGGUGCUCUGAUUGGUUCUCAAGACUCUUUUAUGCUUCAAAGCAUACAAAAAACACUGCAGAGCAAGAUCAAUUCAGCCAGUUUUGGAAGUUCCAUGGAAGAGCAUUUACUCACAGUUGAUGACCACAGAUACUCCUCUCGUGGUAAAACUAGACGUAUCCGGCAACGUAGUAAUAGUGACAUGACUCUAAGUGAAGUUGAUGGUAGUGGAGAUAGUGGAGAGGAUUGGGGCACAAUGGGGACGAAGUGGUCGCCAUUGCAUCGGGAAUAUGGCAGCACUUCGUCCAUUGACCAGCAUGCGGUUUCGUCCUCUGAAGUCUCAAGGAACAGCUUCUUUGAGAUGCUAAAGGGCUACGAAGGGGAGAAGCCAGAUCAACGAAGCCCAGCACCUGAAAGAUUAGCAGAGCUUCUAACAGUCUCUACCAAAGAGCAGGAUCUCUUGGACUCUGUUGUAGAGGACUUGAAAAAUGAUUCUCCUCCUAGUCGGUUGAGAGAUCGCGACAAACCCCCAAAGAGAAGGUCCAAAUCAGAGACAGGGGGUGAAUCAAUAUUCAGGAAACUCCGCAAUGCAAGGACGGAUGUAGAUUCUCCUAGGGUGGGAUCCGAUAUGGAGGACAACCGUCUUGAAGAUUCCAAACCUCCCUUAAAGCCCUGGGUCUGCCAAAAAGGUUUUGCACACUAUGAUGUUCAGAGCAUGUUGUUUAACAUGAACGAGGUGAUCCAGAACAGACAGAACUCUGCAGCCAAAUGCAAAAACACUACUUCUGGUGCCUCUGCUGCUUCAGCUUUUUCUGGUUCAGCAACCUCAACGCUGUCUUCAACACAUAGCCUGCAAAGCAGCUCUCCUAGUGGCAGCCAGGAGGAACUUAACACACGAGAUAGUCCCCCUUUGGUCCCAGCUGAUGAUGAGGGCGGCGGACUAGUAUUGAAAUGUCAUUGUUUCUGUACUGAAACUGGUGGUGAAUUUAGACAUAAAGGAGGGGUUAAUGUACAAGGUGAACUACCAGGAAGUGGGAGUUCUAGGGCUUUUGGAAGAGAUGAAAAUACACUAAGCCACCACUGCGCCAAUGGAGGCAUUGCUGUCGUAGAGGGUCCCAGAGAUGCAGCCAGCUUACUCUGUGAUCGGGACAAGCAGUAUGUUAUCGAGCAUGUGGAUCUUGGCGCUUAUUACUACAGGAAAUUAUUUUACUUGAGAGAGCACUGGAACUACUUUGGUAUAGACGAGCUGUUGGGUCCAGUAGCAAUCAGCAUAAGAAGAGAGAAGAUGGAGGACCACAAGGAGCAUGGCCAGCAGUAUAAUUACCGAAUAAUAUUCAGGACCAGUGAGCUGACGACUUUGCGUGGGUCUAUACUUGAGGAUUGCGUGCCUUCCACUGCUAAACACGGCACUACUCGAGGGUUACCCAUUAAAGAAGUGCUGGAACACCUGCUUCCAGAGCUGGAUAUAUCCUGUCUGCGGCUUGCCUUCAACACACCAAAAGUCACAGAGCAGCUGAUGAAAUUGGACGAGCAGGGGCUUAGUUUCCAGGUGAAGGUGGGGGUAAUGUAUUGUCGCGCAGGCCAGAGCACGGAGGAGGAGAUGUAUAACAAUGAAACGGCUGGUCCUGCCUUUGAGGAGUUUUUGCAGCUCCUGGGGGAGAAAGUGCGAUUAAAAGGUUUCAGCAAGUACCGGGCUCAGCUCGACACCAAGACGGACUCCACUGGGACACACUCUCUCUACACUGCAUACAAGGACUAUGAGAUCAUGUUUCACGUGACAACCAUGCUGCCAUACACUCCAAACAACAAACAGCAGUUGUUGAGGAAAAGGCACAUUGGAAAUGAUAUCGUCACAAUCGUUUUCCAGGAGCCAGGAGCUCAUCCCUUCACGCCCAAAAACAUCCGAUCGCAUUUCCAACAUGUCUUCAUCAUCGUCCGUGUUCACAAUCCCUGUUCUGACAACACCUGCUACAGUGUGGCAGUCAGUCGCUCGAGUGAUGUGCCCUCAUUCGGACCUCCGAUCCCCAAAGAAGUGACUUUACCCAAAUCCACCGUAUUCAGAGAGUUCCUCCUGUCCAAAGUCAUCAACGCUGAGAACGCCGCUCAUAAAUCGUCCAAGUUCGGCGCGAUGGCUACACGCACGCGUCAGGAGUAUCUGCGCGACCUGGCCGAGCGACACGUCACCAGCACACCGGUGGAAUCGUCUGGAAAGUUUCCUUUCAUCUCUCUGGCACAUAAGCGAAAGGAGAAAAUCCGGCCUUAUGCAGGGGCAGAGCUGCGCAGCCUGGGCGCCAUCACCUGGGGAGUGCAUUUGGAGGACCUGGUGAUGGGGGCGGAGCGUGAAGGUCUGCUAGCCAUUUCAAACGAGUUUGUCAUCAUCCUCGACCAGGAGAUCAAAGCCUUGGCAUUCAACUGCUCCACAAGAGAUGUGAUUGGCUGGUCGCUGGGAAGUCCUGCUUCCAUGAAGGUAUAUUAUGAACGUGGCGAGAGCGUUUCGUUGCGAUCCAUCAAUAACAACACGGAGGACUUCGGUGAGGUCGUCAAACGUCUGGAGCUUGUGACUAAGGGCAGUCAGACAAAGGAGAUGACUCUGAGGAGGAACGCACUGGGCCAGCUCGGCUUCCAUGUGAACUUCGAGGGCAUCGUAGCUGACGUCGAGCCCUACGGCUACGCGUGGCAGGCAGGCCUGAGGCAGGGCAGUCGUUUGGUGGAGAUCUGCAAGGUGGCUGUGGCAACACUGUCGCACGAGCAAAUCAUUGACCUACUGCGCACCUCAGUGACCGUCCGAGUGGUGAUCAUCCCUCCACAUGAAGACUCGACUCCUCGCAGAGGAUGCUCGGAGAUAUACCACAUGCCACUGGUGGACUACAAAAACCACAAGGAGGGGAUGCCCUAUGAGUACAAGUUCCCUUUUCGCAACUGCAACGAGAAGUGGCCUCGACCUACCGCUCCUCCGCAGACUGUGGUCUGCACUUCACAGAAUCGAAAUGUCAGCCAAGGCCAAGGGCCAGCACUAAAUAAGGCGCAGAAUUCAGACUACGCAAGACGUGGGUCGCUUCUUCCUCGCAGCGUGUCCAGCGAAGGCCGUCCACUGAACGCUAAAAGGUAUUCUCCAGGCUCUGAUAACUACGCCCUGGCUUGCUCCAUCGUGAUGGGACGGUCUCCGCACACCCGCAGCUCCCCUAACCAAUCAUUCUCAAGCGACGGCAGCUCCACCUCUACCCACUGGCGUCAGAAAUCCAAUCCAGAUGGGUUCAAUGCAAGCCGCAGCUCACCAUUACCUCCUGAUCGUCAAAUGGUGAAAGAGUGCGUAUGGGUUACACCCAGCUGGAUCAGAGUGGUUGAGGGUGAAGGAGCCAGCAGGACACCAUCAGACCUGACAAAAGUAAAGCCAGUCCUGAUGAGCACUGACCAACACCCCAAAGAUUUUAACACUUCGCUCUACACAAACUCUAAGAACGACGCCGCGUCCAUCAACCAGUCGAGUAGCAGCGCACUCUCUAGCCAUGCCUCCAGCUCCACCCUUAGCGAGGAGAAGUGGUUCGAUUUGGGGGUCAGGCUGGACUCGGACCUGAACGGCUUCACGGCAGUUUGUCCCCAGGGAACUUCCGCCGACGGCGCAGUUGAGGCUGCCUCCAGGAACUUUGACUCUGUUCCAGUUAGCAUCAGUUCCAAGCCUAAAGAGAAAUCCUGCGCACAAUGGGGAGAGAUCAGCUCCACCUGUCAGGCCCCGCAGAUCUCCCCCGCAAGCUCGGAGACCCCUCUUUACACAGAUCUCGCUGAGAACCGGGCCAGGAGCCCUCUGCCUCCAGAUACCAGUUCCUAUGCUAUCAGUGAUACAGCCUCUCAUUCCAGCACUCUGAGUUCAGUGCACUCGGGCAGCCCACCGAGCUACGCUCUGGAGGAAUCAGCCCCCUCCACAUCCUCCCCCACCCAUCCAUCCCUCUCUCCUGGAGCCAAGAGCUUCUACCCCCGCCAGGGAGCCACCAGCAAGUACCUGAUUGGCUGGAAGAAACCAGGGGGCACCAUCAACUCGGUGGAUUUUGGUAGCAGUCGCAAGCGGCAUCAAAGCGAUGGGUAUUUGGGUGGACAGCCUCAGCUGCGGGCCACCAUGAAGGUGAGCCAGUCCCCACAGCCCAUUCCCAAAUCCACUGUAGAGGAGGAUUUAAAGAAGCUCAUCGCUCUGGACAGCCCUCCUCCUAGCUGUAGCAAAGCCAAGCCUUUAUUCUCACUAGGCACACCAAGUCCCCGCUCCUUACAGCGGACCUUCUCUGAUGAGAGCAUUUUCAGCGGGCAGAGGGUGUUCACCGCAGCCCGUCAAAGCGCCGACCUCUUCGGUCACUCCACCAUGCCACGCUCACCCAGUGCACGCAGCGGCUCACUGUACCAGUCUUCCUACGCGCAGGGUGCCAAAUCUCUGGGUGACCUCACCUUUUCAGAGAGCAGUGUUUUUGAGGGUGCACCAUGCAGGAAGUCCCAGCAGGACCCCGGCCUCAUCCCACUUCCUGAUGCUAGUGCGGACAGCGGACUCGAUUGGUCUGACCUAGUGGAUGCGGCCAGAGCCUUUGAAGUUCAAAGAGCGUCAUUCUUGGCAGUGAAAGACGGCGCUUCUAGGUCAGACACACACACUCCCAGCUCACAGAAGUCAGAGCUGCAGACCUCUCUACAGGAGCACGUCCCAUCCAGUGAGAGUUCUGCCAGUCUGCUUGGGAAGGUCAGCCAGCUGGAGUCUGUGGUGAAACUGCUGCAGGACGAUCUGAAAAAGGAGAAGGAUGCAAAGGCCUCCUUACAGGCCCAGGUUCAGAGUCUGAAGGCAGACAAUCAGCGACUGCUGGAGGAAUCUCAGAACGCCUCGGCCAAACUGAAGAAGUUCACAGAGUGGGUUUUCAACACCAUCGACAUGAACUGACUGACUUUCUGACCCUCCGGUGCCAUAUUGCUCCAGUCGAAAUGCAAUAUGACUUCGCUUCACCGUGAAUGUUUAAACGCUUCACUGUGACUCCUCACAGUCAUAUAUAAAGUCAUGAUGAGAACCCCGCAUGUGUUUCUAUUGUCCUGGAAUCUGGGAGGGUAUCUCGGCAUACCUCCUUUUGAGUGCCAGAUCUGACUGAACUAUUUAAUUUGUUUUAUAUCAGGAGAACUACUGUAGUGUAAGACACUUUUUUUUCCUUUUUUUUUCUUUCGUGGUCAUCAAUUCGUUUCAUUGCUCACUCCCUCGCUGUUUUUAGGCUGUAAUGUGAUGUCUUUUAAAAAAUGAACUCAAAAAAUGGUAAUUCACUUAAGAAAUUGCAAAGACAGCUUUGACUAAGUCCGUUAUGCUGUACAGUUCAAACCUGUGAGAGCAUAUUAACAAACUUUUAGAUAGAGACGGGUGGACCAAGUGGUGGAUUGUUUUAACGGCCUUACUCUGGACAGUUUUAAAACUGAUACCUAUAUACAGUACACAUAACCAUUGGCUCUGAUGUACAUUAGUUUGCCACUGACUGCUUUCCUGAAUGUUGUAUUUGAUUACUGAUGGUUAUAAGAAGGGAUACUGUUUUGCUUUUCAUUUUACACUGAUGAAAAAAAAAUGUUGAGAUUGAUGUAAAGGACUACAUUUGCCUCAAUAGUCUCUCUGGCUGAGAGCCAACAUACAGUAAAGCCUGAAUGCGGUCAGAUCCGUCGCUCGCUCCUGCUCAAGUAUUAAGAUGAUGAUAAUACACUAAUCUUAAAGGUACCUGUGGUUGGUAAUACUCAAUCACGCUUCAAGGUCCACACCUUAUUUGAACUGACCACUUUGAAAUAUUUAAAAGAUCAAUGCAAAUGUGAUCCACAGCCUUAUGUGUAACUUGACCUACUGUAUAUCAGCUACAGUACUUGUUCUAGAGCAGGAUGAUAUAUUACUGAUAGAUGGUUGGUGUCAUAAGGUUAAUAUUUAUAUCUUAUUGUGUAUAAUUACAAAGGAAUUCACAGCCUCUGUUGUACAAUUGCCCGUUAAAAAAGAAAACUUAUUUUAAAAAAAAUAUUUAUUUGUUGUUUAUGAUAUUAUGCCAUUUUAAGAUGUAGAGGUAAGGGGGAUUUGGCAGAGUGCUGUGUAGCUGUUUGUAAAUAAUUGAGUUUUUUUUUUUUUUUUUUUGCAUUUUAUUGUUAUAGGUAAGUAAGAUGUUGCCGUCUAUUGGAGAAUCUACAUGAACGUCACUAAAAAGGAGUCGUUUGUAGCUUAAAAUUGUCUUUUCUAUUAAAAAAAGUGAUUUACACCCUUUAUUAUUGUUUUUUUUUUAUUUUUAUUGUACACGAAUGGCAUCUGAAAAGACAGCAAGAUUAAAUUUUAUUUUUCUCUUCACGGAGUUUGAUCAUCGUUUUAAUUGUGCUUGUUCGAUCGAUGUUACAUUUCCUCUGUGUGUUGUUCGCCUCAUUUGUAUUGCUCUCCUGAUAGAGCUUAUUUUCCGUUGUCUGAACUCUGACAUUCUCUCUGCAGACAUUACUGGAUCCUCUUUCCUGUUGGAAACUGUUAUCUCCGACGUGCGGUAGCAUGUCGUAAUAUUUCCCUUAACCUUUCACAUGUAAAGACAUUUAUUCCAUUAAAAAUAUUU